UGCGGAGGGAAGAGCUGGUAGAAGCACUCUGCUACAGGACUAAGCUCUAUUUUCAAAUCUAUAGAGCCAGCCUGGAUUCUGCCUUCCCUCUCCUGGCUUCUCCAGUGAGCUGCUCUGCUCAAUCUGUGCUGAGAUAUCCUUUUGAUCUUGGCACCUGUUCCAACUCGUCAGCCAGGUGAAGGUGAUUCUUUCUCUGACUCCCUCAGCCAUUGUUUUUGGGCUGCUUUUCCUCCCUCCCUCCCUCCUCUCUGUGUUCAGCCCUGCCUCAUGCUUUGAGUGAGUGGGUUUGGCUGUGGCUUGCAGUGCGCGUGGAGCUCCAGAAUAUUCCUCACUAGAGUGAAGGUGUGGAACACUGGAGUAGAAUACUGAGACAGAACAGUGAGGUGUUUUGGUGAGGUAGAAUUAUUUAGUAGAAUACUGAUUUCGAACACUGAGGUAGAAUUUCUGAGUAGCGUUUUGAGCUGGAACUUUAGCAAUAACUUUAAUUCUGAAGUAGAGUACUGUGGUGAAAUACUUGAUCGGAAUACUGAGCUAGAAGUAUUUUGUGGAACAUUGAGGUAGUUACUGUAGAUUAGGGAGGAUGGGGGGUCAUACUGCAGUGGUGUGUUUGGUUCUGCUGGCCCUAUGCUGUGUGCUACUGCUAAGAGGAGGGGAGAGCGCAGGAGGCAUAGUCUCUAUAGGCCAGGCUGUGGAGGAGAGAGGGAUGGACGGAGGAAUGGAGGCCCUACAUGGAGAGGAUUCCCAGGAUGAGCUGGCUAAAGAACAGGAGCUCACAGAGACACAAAGACAGACUGGCAAGGCAAAGAGAGACACAGAUGAAGAAGCCAUACCAGCCCGGGUCAGGAGAGCCCCAGAGGAGGAGGAGGGCAAAGGGAAGAAAAAAAAGGGCAAGAAGGACAAGAAGAACAAGGAGUCUAAAGCAGACAAAAAGCUGAAGGACAAGGGAGGCCGCCGCGGCAAAGCACCAACAAUUCCUCCACCGACCACUACCACACUACCACCGACCACUACCACAGAGGUGUACACAGAGCCAGCGCCCACAGAACCUGACCCCUACCCAGACUUCCCCUAUUUAGACAGCGAGGAUGACUACUGGAACCCUGAUGAUGAUAAGCCAGCCACCCCAGAGACUGACUCAGAGGAUGAGUACUGGAACCCUGAUGAUGAUAAGCCAGCCACCCCAGAGACUGACUCAGAGGAUGAGUACUGGAACCCUGAUGAUGAUAAGCCAGCCACCCCAGAGACUGACUCAGAGGAUGAGUACUGGAACCCUGAUGAUGAUAAGCCAGCCACCCCAGAGACUGACUCAGAGGAUGAGUACUGGAACCCUGAUGAUGAUAAGCCAGCCACCCCAGAGACUGACUCAGAGGAUGAGUACUGGAACCCUGAUGAUGAUAAGCCAGCCACCCCAGAGACUGACUCAGAGGACGACUACUGGAAGGGAGAGGAAGAGGAGCCUGCAGGCCCAGUGGUCGACCCAGAAGAUGACUAUUGGAAGGGAGAGGACCCGACGGCCAUACCCCCCCCUCUUGUGGUGGAUGGAGAGGUGGAUACGGGAGAUGAAGACUACUGGGAAGCCAAAUAUGAGGUGCCCGAGAAUCUUCCUUUCCCUGACGGUAAAGAGGUCGUCCCCACAGAGAAAAAUGACUUAAGCUACGCUGUCACAGAGGAUUCUAUUACACCACCACCUACCUAUGAAAGCCCAUGGUACGAGGAGUAUGACUACGGAUAUAGUGGUGGAGAGACAAAAAAACUGGAGGAGGAGGAGGAGAGGGAGAGACAAAGGAAAGAAAAGGAGAGAGAGGAUAGAGAGAGAGCUCAGCAGAGGAGGGAGGAGGAAGAUAGGGAAAAAGCCAAGAAGAGACCACCCGUAUUCAAAGAGCCCAAAAAGUGUCCUCCACUGGGUAUGGAGUCUCACAGGAUAGAAUCAGACCAGCUGCUGGUCUCCUCCAUGUCUCACCACCGUUACAGCCAGGGCAGGGCACGGCUCAACAUGCAGGCUUCAGAGGAUGAGGAGGACAUGCGUGGUGGUGCGUGGUGUCCUAACCAAGAGGACAACAUUCACUGGUUUGAGAUUGACGCUCGCAGAGCAACAGAGUUUACUGGGAUCAUAACACAAGGGCGAGACUCACGCAAUGAGAGUGACUUUGUGACAUCGUACUAUGUGCAAUUCAGUAAUGACAGCAGAGAAUGGACAACCAUGAAUGACGGUUACUCUGACUGGUUGUUCUUUGGUAACUCUGAUAAGGACACCCCAGUGUUGAAUCAGUUAGCUGAGCCUAUACUAGCUCGCUACAUCAGAGUCAUCCCUCAGAGCUGGAACGGCAGUUGCUGUAUGAGGCUGGAGGUGCUGGGAUGCCCACUGCCUGACCCCACCAGUGCCUACCAGAGGUUGCAGAAUGAGGUGACUCCAGUCCAGUACCUGGACUUCAGACAUCACAACUACUCAGAUAUGGUCACGCUGAUGAAGUCUGUGUCUGAGGAGUGUCCCAACAUCACCAGUAUGUACAGCCUGGGCCGCAGCUCCAAUGGACUAGACAUCGUGGCCAUGGUGAUAUCAGGCAACCCCACAGAACACGAGAUAGGUGAGCCAGAGUUCCGAUACACGGCUGGUCUCCAUGGAAAUGAGGCGACAGGGCGGGAGAUGGUUCUUCUUCUGAUGCAGUACCUUUGUAAGGAGUACAGAGAUGGCAACCCCAGAGUGCGCCGCCUGGUGGAGGGAAUACGUACCCACCUGGUGCCCUCUCUGAAUCCUGACGGACAGGAGAAGGCCCUUAUAGCGGGUUCAGAGCUGAGUGGUUGGACCACAGGCCACUGGACGGAGGACGGCCAUGACAUCUUCCACAACUUCCCUGACCUGAACAGUGUUCUUUGGGAGGCAGAGGACAAGGGUAUGGUGCCCAAACUGACCCCCAAUCACCAUGUCAAGAUCCCUGCUGACACAGUGAGGGACGACAAGAUAGCUGUGGAGACUCAAGCCAUCAUCUCGUGGAUGGAGAGCCACCCGUUUGUACUGGGGGCCAACUUCCAGGGAGGGGAGAGGGUAGUGGCCUACCCCUACGACAACCACCGCCUAACCAAGGCCGCCAGCACCAGCGAGAGAGACAGGGCACACAGCCGCAAGAAGAGACAGUACGAGGAUGAGUAUGACAGAGGGGCAGAUUGGGAUAGAGGCUACGACCGUGAGGAGCCAGAGGAUGAUGAUAGAAACAGGGGAUACCAGGAACCAGAAGAGGACCGGCGGAACAGGGGAUACCAGGAACCAGAAGAGGACCGGCGGAACAGGGGAUACCAGGAACCAGAAGAGGACCGGUGGAACAGGGGAUACCAGGAACCAGAAGAGGACCGGCAGAACAGGGGAUACCAGCAGCCGGAAGAGGACCGGUGGAACAGGGGAUACCAGCAGCCGGAAGAGGACCGGCAGAACAGGGGAUACCAGGAGCUGGAGGAGGAGUGGAGGGGGCAUGGCUAUGGACACAGGGAAGAGGAAGAGGAGGAUGACAGAGGGGGACAUCAGGAAGCAGAGCCUGAGGAUGAACCCAGGGCCACGGCAGACGCCUCCUUUUUCAGGUGGUUGGCUAUCUCCUACGCCUCCACUCACCUGUCCAUGACAUACACUUCCCACGGCUCCUGUCACGGCGAUGACAUCACUGGCGGCGUCGGAAUCAUCAACCGCGCCAAGUGGAAGCCCAUCACAGGAAGUAUGAAUGAUUUCAGCUACCUGCACACUAACUGUCUGGAGCUGUCAAUGUUCCUGGGCUGUGAUAAGUUCCCCCAUCAGACUGAGCUGGUCAUUGAGUGGGAGAAGAACAGAGAGGCCAUGCUCACCUUCAUGGAGCAGGUACAUCGUGGGAUCAGGGGCGUGGUGAAAGACGAAGAAGGGAACCCCAUCACUAAUGCCACAGUGUCUGUAGAGGGGGUCAACCAUGAUGUCACUACAGCUGUAACAGGGGACUACUGGCGCUUGUUGAACCCAGGUGAGUACCGUGUGACGGUGCGGGCAGAAGGCUUCACCCCCCUGACCAAGCUGUGUGUGGUGGGCUACGAGCCAGGGGCAACUACCUGUAGCUUUAACCUGGCCAAGUCCAACUGGGACCGCAUCAAACAGAUCAUGGCCCUGCACGGCAACAAGCCCAUCCGCUUGCUCAGCCACGGCAACGGUGGAACACGACGGAACACCGCCUCCAACGGUAACAGCCGUUUGGUGCAUAACAAUGGCGCUGCCGCCAAUGAACCUGAGACGAGUCGCAUGCGUCAGCAAAAGCGGAGGCUCGGCCGCCUCCGUCGUCUACGACAACAGAAACUGAUGAGAUCGACAACGACUUUGCCCCCGACAACCACGCCGGUUCCCACAACAACAAAAGCGGAGCCCACCACUGCCUGGUACGACUCUUGGCUCAUAGGAGAGGGGCAAACAUCGGCGCCAGAAGGUUUCACAGACUCCAUCUUGGAUUACAACUACGAGAUCGACGAUUACUAAGGGUAACACCAAGACCUUGUUCCAAUACAUCCUUCCGCCCCACUUCCUUAAAAUAAUCAAGGUAGGGAAGGAAGAAGUUGAACAGGACCAAUGUCAGUCAAGCCCAGACUGUUAACUCAAUUCCUGGACAAUAAAGUGACCCCUUGAAAAUCUGAAUAGACUGGAUAUGUUUAAGCAAUAUGGCUUAAACUCCAAUAACUCCGGUAGGAUAGAUUGACUCUCCCCUUCCUAUAUUACUGAACCCAUCCAUUCUUUCAGAUCUACAAAUGGGCUACAAGAAGCGUUUAGGUAUAUUUACAGAAACUCAAAAGGAACAAUGAUGUUGAAUACAGUCAGGCACACAAGCUAAUGUCAGUGUUCUGUAGAACUGCUCGAGUAGGUCUUUUGAUACUAAGUUCAACACAAAUGAAAAUGUCAGUACUGAUAUCUGGGAAAGUCCUUUUACACCAAUUCAAGGCCUUCCUAGAGAAUGUACUUCAGAGAUCAUCUAUAUGUGCUGGUUGUAAAUUAAACAUAUUUUACCACCUCCACCCCCGAAGAGUAAAAACAAAGAAGCAAAGUUUUUCUUAGAAAAGUAUGGAUUUAUUUACAUUAUUUUCACCCAUGACAGCAAAACCAUAAUACCGACAGACAUUAAAAUGUUAACUUUACAAAAUGUUAGUUGAAGGUUGAGAGAACGAGAGAUUUUCUGAAAUGUUCCUCAUAACAUAGCUGAGGAAAGUUAUUUUUUCAAUGAAUAAAGGCUCAUUUACGUACA